CUUUCUCCACGCGCUCGACAGAGGGGCUGGGCUCUAUCGUUCGGCUAGGCUCUAUCGUUCGCCAGUGCCGAAAUGGGCUGGCAUGUGCUGCUGUCGGCCCUGGCGGCGAGAUCAGGCCUCCUGGAGGGAUGGCCACAUGCCCUGUCAUCUUUCCCAUCUGCCCAGGCUGGCGACCCGCCGUGGCGCAGAUGCAGCAAGUGGCGCCGCAAAGCAGCCGGCGACGACACAGGUGCGUCAGAGGCCUUCCUCUAUCCCGUUUCAACGCGCAUUCAGCGGUCACGCGCAGCCAGGAGGCCUUCGCAAGUCCGCCAGCAGCCACAGAGCGGCGAGCGUCAGCGCCCACGGCCGAGAUCCCGGCUGUCAGCGGCCAGCGUGAGUCCGCCGGUUAUCGAUGAUGCUUUCCUGCCAGCGUCGCCGCCCGAGGAGAAGCGGGCUGAUGAGAGUCACGAGAGACAGAAGGGAUGGCGGCCAUGGCGCGCUUUGAAGCGUCUCGGCCUCCCCAUAUAUCGGCAGAAGCAGAUACUGUUGGGUCUGAUGUUCUUUUUGGCGCUUUUCAACAGCACCAUAAUUCGGGACACCAAAGACGUCCUUGUUAUCAGCUGCCCGGGUGGCCCGGAGAUCAUUCCGUUCUUGUCGACGUACGUCAACCUGCCCCUGUCGGCGGUGUUCAUGCAGCUCUACUGGAAGAUAUCCACCUUCCUCGGCGCGGAGACCCUCUUCUACUCGGUCUUCUUCCCCUUCUUGGCCUUCUUUGUGGGCUUCGCCUACUUUGUGUUCCCCAACCUCAACAAGAUCCACCCAACGUGGCUUAUCCCUUUCAUCGAGGAGAAGCUGCCGUGGGCAUAUAGGUAGGUGGGUGAGCCACAGCAAACCACAGACAGGCCUGACACGCACGGUGAGGGCUCAUGGGCGGAUAGGCACGUAUGUGUGUGUGUAUCUGCGGCUUUGUUCAGGUAUGAGUCGCUGCUGCAGGUGAUCCAGAAUUGGUCGGUGUCGCUUUAUUACCUCAUCGCUGAGCUUUGGGGGUCGGUGACGAUAAGUCUGUUGUUUUGGGGCUUCUGCAACGAGGUCAGCAGCGUCAAGGAAUCUCAGGACAUUUAUCCUCUCUAUGGCGUCGGGGGGCAAAUCGCGCUCAUCAUCUCAGGUGCGUACGUGCGUGACACACCCACACGCUGUUCGUUCAUCCACAUGGAUGCAUGGAUGUGUCCGUCAGGCAUCAUCAUCAGCCGCAUGGCGACCAUGCCGGCGAGCUGUCCUCCGGGAGUGGACUGCUUCUCCCUCUCCCUCCGGCGGCUCAUGAACACCCUUGGCGGCUGUGGGCUCGCAUUCGCCGGCAUCUUCUGGUUCAUGAACCGGUUCUUCAUCAACAAUCCCAAGAUAUACCCGCCCGGCGACAUCGUCACCCCGAGCAACGCCAAAGGGCCCACACCCACACCGACAGGGGAGGCAGACAAGACCGCGCCAGUCAAGGAGGAGAAGAGGAACAACCGCAAGACCAAACUGGGUGUGCGGGCCACUUUCCGGCUGCUGGCGAGCUCCUCGUACAUCCAGAACCUGGCCAUGAUGCUGGUGUGCUUCGGGGCGUCGCUCAACAUAGUGGAGGUGGUGUGGAAGAUUCUGCUUCGGGAGUACUACACGGACCGCAAUGCCCUCACCAACUUCUAUGGCGUCUACUCCACCCUGUCAGGUGGGUGCGAUGCCGCAACACCCACGGAUCGUUGACCAUUCAUCCUCCUUCUGGCUGUGGACGACCUGCCUGCAGGUGUGGCCACGAUGGGUCUAAUGCUGCUGAACCGGUGGAUCGUGAAGAAGCGGGGCUUCCGCACGUCGGCCCUCAUCACUCCGGUGGUGCUGUCGUCGACGGGCCUGCUGUUCUUCCUCUGCCUGUUGGGCCGUGGCGGGUGGGGCGGCCCCCUCACCCCGUUGCUGUCCACCAUCCCCCUUGACUUCCUCGUGUGGGUGGGGGCCAUCCAGAACAUCUUCUCCAAGUCGGCCAGAUACGCCCUCCUGGACCAGUGCAAGGAGUGGGCGUACCUGCCGCUCGGGCAGGAGCUCAAGAGCAAGGGCAAGGCGGCCAUCGAUCUGGUCGGCAUCCCCUUCGGCGAGUCAGUGGCCUCACUGGUGCAGCAGUUCAUCAUUGUGCAGAUGGGCCAUUUGCUGCCGGCCACCCCAUGGCUGGCCCUCACGCUGACGAUAACGACUGCGGUGUGGCUCAAGAGCACGGUGCAGCUGUCGAGGCAGUAUCACAACAUGCUUGAGUGCGGAGAAGAGGAGUGUGAUGGCCAGGAUGGGGCCAAGGGAGUGACGCCCCUCAUUGCCGCAACCGGAUGAGACCGAUAGGGCGAGGGAAGGGGGAAGGGGUGUCUCGUCGAUGCACGACUGUGCACGGGGGCCUGCUCAGCGAGUGCGAAGUGAGG